AAAUUUUGUUCAAAGUUUGAAAAAAUUUAAUAAAAAUAAAACACAAACAAUUUUUGGAUCGUGUUCGCCGAGAAGCUUAACUAUUUAUAUUAUUUGUUGUGUGAACAUAAAUUAUACAUUUUUGGAAAUGGUACCUACCCAUUAUAUCAAAAAUACGUGAGAUUCGCUGGCAUAAUAUGUAUAUAUCUAGCUACACCUAUGUUAAAAUCAAUCUACGAAAACUUCGAAGAAAAACGAAAUGAAUUUUGAGUAGUUAUUGAGUAUAAUUCUAAAUCACAUCGUUGGUCGUUGACAAAUGUACGGAGUGUUACCCAAAUCAUAUAUCAUAUAUUAUAUUUUAUGAAAAUACAAACAAAUUUACCUUACUAUUCAACGAACGGACACGAGACAAUAUAAUUUUUUACUCAUCUAUCGACUAUUACACAAUAAUAUAUAAUGAUGUACAUUAUUUUAAAUUUAAUUUCAGCACUAAAUCAAUAUUUUUUACAUUAUAUUAUAUACUGUAUAGGUAAUAAUAUACAUAUUUCUAUAUAGAACCCGUAAGGGAAUGGAUAUCACUAACAUUAUUUAGUAUUAAAUAACCCGUCUACAGUGCAAUCUAUAUCUAAAUCGCUACAGACGGCCGGCAGUGAGCACGAGACGAUCGGAUUGUUUAUUUUAUCCGAAAAAAUGUUCGCAGACAAAAACAGACAUCAUUAAUUAAAAACUAGUGCGUAUCGCUCGCUCGGAUCAGGAUUCAAAAGUACCAAUAUACUUACCUAAUAAAUUGUAAAAAAAAACUUCAACGACCGUGCCGAGUUUAUCAUGAUGUUUACAUUAUAUAUCAGGUACCUUUAUGUAGUACAUUAUAUUAUAGUUAUCCUAUCCAAGUAUAUUAUUAUUUAUUAUAACGUUUUUAAUACUUUAUGCUAUUCUCUGUUCGAUUUAAAUAUAUAGGCAGCCGUAGAUAAUUAUUAAUCAUUUUAUAGUCUCGAUGCUUAGUAAGGAUUGAAAUUUAUGCUUGUUUAAUACUCAUACAUAUAUGAGUACAUGCGCCAUUUUUUAUUAUUUGCUUACAUAUUAUAUGUUCAACGUAAUUGUAAUUUUUACCAACAUAUAUAUAUAUACAGUUAAUUAGUUGUUUAUCUUAUCAGCUUAUCUGUACGAUUUGCGAUUUGCACUAGUGUAAAUUUGUGUUGUUUUUCGUAGUAAAAUAACGAUUUAAGACUCGAGUGUUUAGUGGCUCUUAAAAAAUUAAUCAUGUUCACUUUAAAAGUUAAAGAAUACAUUAUAGCAGGCGACUAAUGAAUUCGAUCAGUCGUGUACAGAAAAUUGUCUUAUAAUCAUGAUUGUUAAACGUUUAAGUAUUUUACAGCAUUUUGUAUAAUUUUAAUUUUUUUGCCAUAAAACACACGUAAUACCGAUCAUGGAUCCUAAUAAUUCAAAAACCGCACCAAGAACAAGCACUCCACCACCACCGUACGAUGAAGGCCCAGGAAUUUAUCCAGCAAGUUGUGUAUGCUCGAAUGAUUACACAGCGCAACAUCAAAGUCUUACACCUGAAUGCAUAAUAGAAUCGACUUUGGGUCCAAUGCCAGUCCACAUGUUUUGUCCGACGUGCCAUAAUUAUAUAAUUACCGAAACCAAUGAAUUGCCGUCAAACGAAGCGUAUUUAUGUUGCAUGCUAAUAUUUGUUGUAGGGUGUACAUUAUGUUCGUGUCUACCGUUCUUCAUGAAAUCUUUUCAAAAAGUUGACCACAAGUGUCCGCAGUGUACGUCUUACAUAGGAACGUAUAAACCAUGAAAAUUACGAUACAUAUAACACUCUUAUAUGAAUUAUGUUUAGCAAACAAUUAUUUAAAACGCAUUGAUAGUUUUCUAAUUUUAUUUCAAAUUUCAAGUGUACAUAAUUAUUUAGACGUAAAAUAACAAGCAGCUUAUGCUAUUUGAAUUAAAUAUGCUUAAAAUUGAAAAAAAAAUACUAAUAAUAAAUAAUUAUAAUAAUUAUUAUG